AGAAAUUAUAUAACUUUAAUAAAUAAUACUCUAAUGGGGAAUUGAUGUACCUCAAAUGAUAAGAAUCAGGGAGGCUAUGGUGCCAACCCUCCUGUCAAUAAGAAGGUUCAAAUGAAAAGAAUGGUCACCACCACACAGGACACUGAUAGGAGCAGUUCUGCACUCUCUAGUGAUUACUCUCCAGACAAAUCUAUUGAUAAGAGAAGCUCUACAUACAAGGCAGCCAGCCUGGAGUCAUUUAACACCCUCAAAGUUAUCGGAAGAGGCUCUUAUGGUAAAGUUUUCAUGGUUGAGGAAAAAACAACAGGCAAAGUCUUUGCAAUGAAAGUCCUUAAGAAGGGAGCCAUUACCGAUGAGAGAGGCAAAGAACGUGUCUUGACCGAAAGGGACAUUAUCAUGCAGAUCAGACAUCCAUAUAUAGUGACGUUGCACUACUCCUUCCAAACCAAGAAAAAGUUGUUCUUCAUUCUUGAUUUCUUGAAUGGAGGUGACCUUUAUACACACAUCAUGAAUUAUGGAAAGUUCAAUGAAAAUAGAGCAAGGUUUUAUACAGCUGAGCUAGUACUAGCUAUCAAUCACUUACAUAAGAAAGGAAUAGUAUACCGUGACCUAAAGCCUCAAAAUAUCAUGCUUGAUAGUGAAGGUCACAUCAAAUUGACGGAUUUUGGUCUUUCCAAGGCAGAUUUCAGCCAAGACCAGAGCCACACUAUUUGUGGAACAAUCAAAUAUAUCGCUCCUGAGACUAUUUCAGGGAUGAGUUAUAACCACACUGUCGAUUGGUGGUCGAUGGGGAUCAUUCUUUACAGAAUGCUGACUGGGAAAUUACCUUAUCCCACUAAUAAGAAUAGUGAGGUCAGAGUUUAUAUUGUUCACAAUAAAAUCCAAGUCUCGAAAAAGAGGAUCCCUGAUGAGACUGCUAGGAGCUUUAUCUUAGGACUACUAGAAAGAGACCCCACUAUGAGACUAGGGGCCAAUGGAGUCGAAGAUAUUAAAAAUCAUGAGUACUUUGAAACAAUUGAUUGGGAUGCACUAGAGAGAAGAGAAGUCAAACCUCCUUACAAUCCUAGGCUCAAAUCUGAGAAAGAUGUCAAGCAUAUUGACUCGAAAUAUCUAGACGAGAACAUUGUCAGCUGUACUUUGGAUGAUAAUGAUCUUAAGAAAGGCAACAUGAAUAACCAAAUGUUUGAGGACUUUACCUAUACCAAGGAGGAUCCAAUGUCUAAGAAAGGAAGGCAAACUGAGUGUUAGACAAAAAGAUUAUAUCCAGGCUACUA